CUGGAGCUCAGCGCAGAGAGUCGUAUGAUCUUGGAUGCCUUUGCCCAGCAGUGCAGUCGCGUUCUUAGCCUCUUGAAUUGUGGAGGAAAACUUCUAAACUCCAACCAUUCUCAAUCCAUGAUUUCUUGCGUAAAGCAGGAAGGUUCGAAUUAUAAUGAAAGACAAGAGCAGUGUCACAUUGGCAAAGGGGUCCACAGUCAGACCUCAGACAGUGUAGACAUAGAGAUGCAAUAUAUGCAAAGGAAACAACAAACUUCUGCCUUUUUGAGGGUUUUCACUGAUUCCCUACAAAAUUACCUGCUCUCGGGGAGCUUUCCGACUCCAAACACCUCGUCGGUCAGUGAGUAUGGCCACCUGGCCGACGUGGAUCCUCUAUCAACUUCCCCCGUGCAUACACUAGGUGGCUGGACCUCCCCAGCAACAUCCGAAUCCCAUGGUCACCCAUCCUCUUCUACACUACCAGAGGAGGAAGAGGAGGAGGAGGAGGAAGGCUACUGUCCUCGGUGCCAAGAGCUGGAGCAGGAGGUUAUUUCCCUGCAACAAGAAAAUGAAGAGCUGAGAAGGAAAUUAGAGAGCAUCCCAGUGCCCUGCCAGACCGUUUUAGAUUAUUUGAAGACAGUGCUGCAGCACCACAACCAGCUCCUGAUACCGCAGCCCGCUGACCAGCCGACCGAGGGAAGCAAGCAGCUGUUGAACAACUACCCUGUCUACAUAACGAGCAAACAGUGGGACGAGGCUGUAAAUUCUUCAAAGAAAGAUGGGAGACGUCUCCUUCGAUACCUCAUCAGAUUUGUUUUCACAACCGAUGAGCUUAAGUACUCAUGCGGCCUUGGGAAAAGGAAAAGGUCAGUGCAGUCAGGAGAGACAGGUCCCGAAAGACGCCCUCUGGAUCCAGUUAAAGUAACAUGCCUCCGAGGUACUGCAUCCUUCCGCUCAGUGUCCCCAUCUGUGAUCUCAUUUCACCGCAUUGGCUGUGGCCCCCCCGCACAAGUGUUCAGCCUCACUGUAUUUUGAUUUCUUUCCGCCAAGACCUUCUAGGUUUCAUGUGGCCCAUCUACUUGGUAUUGAGAAGCUCUUUAAAAAAAAUCUUUGUUUGCUUUAGCCUUGUUCUCACUCAGUGAUACAUAAGCAUUGCAUAGCACCUCAUGUUUCACGCUUUAAAAUCAGAUUUUCUUUGCAGCUAGAGAAGGCCCCCCUCCAGCAAAGCUGGAGCAUAGGGAAAUGCACAGAGGAAGGAAGAUGUGGAAUUUUUUUUAAUUGGUAAAAUGAUAUCUAAUUUUCCAUUUCUAGCCUGUGCCCACAUAUAGCUAUCUUCUCAAGAAUCCUUGGUCCAACUCCUUAAAUUUAUCUAGAAUUAGCUUUUUUUAGUGUCUAAAGUAUAAUUCGCCCAGUAAAACUUUAUUCUUUUGGUUAAGAAAAAUUUCUGUAUUAAAAAUACUG